GGCGGGGCGAGGAGGGAGGUGAGAUCAAGGGCAGGACAGCGAGCUGGGUAUAAAGGCAGCGACACUCUGGACAGGGCAUCACACUGACUGAGGCGCUGCUGCCACAACACCCACACCCAACAACAACAACAACAACAACCAUGCGUGUCUUGGCCGUGCUGUGCGUGCUGGUGCUGAUGGCUGCUGCCGUGCUGGCCGGCGGCGGUGGAUAUUACGGCUCUGGCGGCCGCGGGGGCUUCGGAGGUGGUGGCGGACGCUUCGUCGGCGGCGGAGGCGGCGGCGGACGCUUCGUUGGCGGCGGUGGUGGCAAAUUCGGCGGUAGUUUUGGCGGCCUUGGCGGCGGCUUUGGACGCGGCGGCGGCGGCGGCGGCAGUGGUGGUUACGGCUACAGCGGUUGAGGCGACACCUCGGCCACGGUCACGAUGCUGUCGGCGUGGUGCUGAAGGCAACGCUCCUGAGGACGACGGUGAAGGUGAAUGAGAAGGUGCCAAUAAAACUUUUUGAACGUG